AUGUCUCCCAGCAGCGAACCCUACACCCUGCCGCCGUGCUUCGGGACGACAGGCAAGGAGGAGCAGUUGUUGGAUGGCUCGCUCUGGGACAACCGCUUCAAGGACCUGGACCAGAAUGGCAGCGUAUGUGUGGAUUCGGCGGCACCGGCGCUGACAUGGGUGCGCUCCAAGACCAGGGUGUUGACCAAGGUGCCCACCAAGCCCGAGGACCUGCCCGCUUGGAACUACGACGGCUCCUCCUGCGGCCAGGCCCCCGGCGACGAUUCUGAGGUCUACAUUGUGCCCCGCACCAUCUACAAGGACCCCUUCCGCGGCGGCGACAACAUCAUCGUCAUGUGCGACACCUACGAGCCGCCCCGCGUCAACCCUGACGGCUCCGUCUCCUCCAUCAAGCCCCUCCCCACCAACACCCGCGCCGCCUGCGCCGAGGUGAUGGAGAAGGUGAAGGACGAGGAGCCCUGGUUCGGCAUUGAGCAGGAGUACACCCUGCUGAACGCACGCACCAAGUGGCCCCUGGGCUGGCCCACCAACGGCUUCCCCGGCCCCCAGGGCCCCUAUUACUGCGCCGCUGGCUCUGGCGCUGCCAUCGGCCGUGAGCUGAUUGAGAGCCACCUCAAGGCCUGCAUGUAUGCUGGCGUCCUCAUCAGCGGCGUGAACGCAGAGGUCAUGCCCGCGCAGUGGGAGUACCAGGUGGGCCCCUGCACCGGCAUCAAGAUGGGCGACGACCUGUGGAUGUCGCGCUACAUCAUGUACCGCCUGGCAGAGCUGUACAACAUUGAGGUCACCUUUGACCCCAAGCCCGUUGCGGGCGACUGGAACGGCGCCGGCGGCCACACCAACUUCUCCUCCAAGGCCACCCGCGCAGCCGGCACCGGCUGGCAGGCCAUCCAGGACCAGAUUGCCAAGCUGGGCAAGCGGCACGCGGUGCACAUUGCGGCAUACGGCGAGGGCAACGAGCGCCGCCUCACCGGCAAGCACGAGACCAGCAGCAUGGACGACUUCUCGUGGGGUGUGGCCAACCGCGGCUGCUCCAUCCGCGUCGGCCGCAUGGUGCCUGUGGAGAAGUGCGGCUACUACGAGGAUCGCCGCCCUGCCUCCAAUCUGGACCCCUAUGUCGUCACCCGCCUGAUCGUGGAGUCCGCCCUGCUGAUGUGAGGUGCCGGCACAUAGCCUGCAGCAUCGCAGCCCCCGCGACGGCGGCUGCUGUGGGGCCUGCCAGGCCGUGCGGCGCCCGCUGCUGCUGCCAACAACGGCGGCGUCUGGUGCAGCGCGGUGCCAGCAAGCCUUCUAGCAGAUGCAACAAAUGAAGAGGCCCUUCUUGAGGGUGCCCGCGAAUGAUGUGAUGUAGCUACUGUUCCAGGAUCCCCAAUCACAGCUUGUUUCUUGCUGCUGUCGAUUCCCUCACCUUCUUGCCCCAUGUGAGCGCUUUUGACCACCACACCUGUGCUGACACCUGUUUGCCCACCCGCUCCCGGCUCUGUCCGAUCACCCUCCCACGGCUUGCAACGUGCUGCUUCCUUGCAGCGCCUGCCUGUUCGUAUUUUUAACUGGAUUUCGCGUUUUUGGGAUGUUUGCUUGCUCCCUUCUCGAUUGUGUGUGCGUGCUAUCCUUCCCCUGUAAUGCUAGGCAGACCC